AUGUUUCGCGACACCGAAUUUCCACUAUCUUCCGGUACUUUUACCAUGUCACCGUCAGAACCUACCACUCAAAACGACGACUUUGACGAUGUCUUCGGAUCUGAACCAGGUUCUCCCACACUUGACGGCAGAGAUAUGCGCGGAGAUAUGUUUAAAGUUGGAAACACAGAGAUUUCGGAUAUACCAAGAUUAAAGGAGAAGCACGAAACAGAAGGAUACAGAGAUGGUGUUACAAAAGGAAAAUCUGAGAGUGUUCAAAAGGGAUUUGACGAAGGUUAUGGAUUAGGUGCUGUAUUAGGGUUGAGGAUAGGAAAGAUUAUAGGAAUUCUUGAAGGGAUUUCUGGGGCAGUUUCAGUGUCCGCGAGCAAGUCCAAAGACGCAGAAUGGGCGAAAGAGAAGAGUCGAUUAGAGAAACUGUCCAAUAAUGCAAAGAGUGUAUUAAAGACAGAAGAGGUUUUUGCAAGAGAGUGGUGGGGCGAGGAUGGAAUAUGGAAAUUUGAAGUUCCAGGAGAGAAGGAAGGAAAGGAUGUCGUAUUUCCCGACGUUGCUGCAGCACACCCUUUACUCAAGAAAUGGGAAGGGAUUGUGAAAGAGGAGAUACGAAAGUGGUCGUUGGAUAUGAAUUUGAUGGAGGGAAAUGAAGAGGACGUUGUACCUGUGGGACAGCAUGUGAAAGCCAAUGCUGUGGAGCAGAGGAUUGGUGCGGCAAAAACGGAUCUGAAUUGGUGA